AUGUUAUUCUUUAAUCAGUCAGAAGAAUGGAGUCUCUUGAACUUUAUAAAGUAUCUUGAUUCAAUAGAGAGUUUGCGUGACAGCUCUGAGCUACACCGCAAAUAUAAAAAUCUAAAUGGAAUUAAGAAUGAUGAAAAUAAGUCGCAGAAAAAAAGGAAAAGGGCUGAACAAUGUUUGGUCGAGUCUGAUAAUCCUGCUAUUGAGUUGGUGGAUACAAUGAUGCUAGGUCAAGUCCAAAAUACCACCGUCGAGUUAGAAGGUGAUGAAAAGCGUUCUCCAGAGAUCCAAGAAUUUUGGCAACAGAAAAAACUUCAAAUUUCACUUAAGGAAAAGACUAUAAAAAGCACUGAAAGAAUGAUCAACUAUAUUAAUACAAUACAGGACGAAGCAAGCGAUAUUUUAAUCUUAGAGUUAGAGAUAAUAUUGAAAAUGGUGGACUUACGAAAUUCCCUUAUGAAGACCAAGAGAGUACCAAAACCAUCAUCAUCACCAGGAGUGCUAAAACCAUUUUCAUCAAGCUUAGAAAGCACAGGGUCUAGUGCAGAAAUACCUAGCGAUAUAAACAAAAUUAAUAGUCUUGAGCCACGUAUUCUGCCUCAUCAAAUUUUUUCAUAUAAUACUUCAUCAGGUUCUUCCGUAUAUAAAGAACAUGGUUCUAAAGAUGAUACUUUUGAAGAUAAUCUCCUAAUGAAAUCCCCUGUUGAUAUCACCGUCGAUUGCAAGCUAAUUGUUAAGAAUAUGUGUAUUAGAUCAAAAAAUGGAGCAAUGGCGUCGCUCAUCAAGAUAUGUUGA